AUGAGCAGCGGGGGCGGACGAGGUCCACGGCCCCCGACCUUCGGGAGACGCACGGAGCCAGGCGAACCCUCCGAGGACCAAGAGGACAAUCCGUUCGUGCGGCAGCUGGAGCUCAUGUUGCAAAAAUCGGCUAGCAACCGCGCGGCAGCAGUGUCGCCGCCCCCGCCGCGGGCGCGGGCGGCAGCAUACGCUGCGUCGACGUCGGCCUGGCGGCCGCGGACUUCUCUUUCCAGCGACGGUGGUGGCGCAGCGAGCGGGCGGAUGGUGGCUACAGGAGGGGCUUCCCAGUACGGGGGGCAGUCUCUGGUGGCUAACUGUAAGCCGGAGGAGAAGGCGGUCACCAGCAACGGUGGUGGCGGCCUUCCGCGCGCUUCGUCGCGAUCGCUCUUCUCGUUGCCCGAAUCCUCCUCCGACGAAGACGAGGAGGCGUUUCAGCGGAGAUAUUUCGGCUUGCCGCCGUUGAGGAAACCCUCGGCGGCGGCGGCGGCGGCUUCCGUGCCGCCGCCGGCAGCCGCCCUGGCGGAAGCGAAAGUCGCGCGGCCGGGCUCCGACGGCGGCUGGCCCGAGACAAAGCGCUGCUCACCGCCGAACCUGAAGGCGUCGUUGAUUUCCAACGGCAGAGGUGCUGCGUGCCGCAAGACAGAGGGCGGUAGCGGCGACAGCCGCGGGGAUGAUAGCGCCAACGGGAGCAAAGGAAACGGCAAGGGCAAGGGACAGUCCGCGCGGGACGGAGAUGCCGCAUCCAGCGGCAGGGCAGGGCUGGGGAUCACCGGCGAUAGGUGGUACGGCGGGGCCGGGAUCACAAGGCCGCAACCAACCGCGCAGAGGAGAACCGGCGACGGGAUCGGUUCGGCCGGCGCAGCGGCGGCGGGCUCCGACAACGAGUGGAUGUCGGACGCGGAAGACCCGCGGGGCGCGACGCCCAACGCUAUUGACUCUCCAACGAGGAGGGCGGGCGGGCUCAACGACGAAGAGGAAAGUUCUAAGCCCGGCGCGGGGGGGCGGCGAAAGGGAAGCCGGGGGGGUGAGGGCGGGGGACGGAAGGAGCUGCAGCUGCUGUCGAACCCUGCCACCGCCGCCGGCUCGACAGCGGUCGGACGUGGCCGAAAGCGGGGGCACGAGGACUUUCUCAACGAGAAGAUCGAGGCCAUGCGGGUCGGUUCGGACGAGGAAGGACCGCACGCCGGCGGCGGCGGCGGCCGCGGCGGGGGGCGUGGAAGGAGUAGGGGCGGAGCGGUCACGAUGGGCCCCGAUGAGGAGGAGGAGGAGGAGGAGGUUGACUACGAGGACCUCAAGCCGCACAUCGAGGACCCCCCCUGGCUAGGAAAACUGGUCCCGUUCGACCUCGGGGAAGGUGGCUUCAUCAACCCUUCCAUCAACCGGUACCUGCGGGACUACCAGCGAGAAGGGGUGCGGUGGCUGUACGCCAAGUUCCAGGCCGGGCAGGGCGGGAUCCUUGGCGACGACAUGGGCCUCGGCAAGACCGUGCAGUCGAUCGCCCUGCUGGCUUCGGUGCUGCGGAAGAGCGGCACCGGGCGCGACAGCGAGGAGCUGAGGAGGCGGCGAAAGGAGGGCUUACCGGCGAGCUCGACGGGCCUGCCUUGGCUCAUCGUGGCGCCGGCGGCCGUCGUUCCAGAGUGGAUAAAGCAAAUCAAGGUCUGGGGACACUUUGCGGCCUACCAGCUCGAGUCCGGCAGGGACGCGGACGAUCUGAUGGUAGCCUUGAAGGCCGGGCGGUACGAGGUGGUGGCCACCAGCUACGACCUGCUGCGCGCGUGCGUGGACCGGCUGAAGAAGCAGCGCUUCGAUGCCGUCAUCUUCGACGAGUACCACACCAUCAAGUCGGCCACCACCAUGGUCAGCCAGGCUGCGUGUGAGCUCAGGACCAAGCGAGUGUUCGGCCUGACGGGAACGCUGAUCCAGAACGAUAUGAAAGAGCUGUGGUUCCUGCUGCACCUCAUCGACCCGCUCGCCGUUGGAGAGCAAUCGCGGUUCACGGAGCACUUCUCCGAGCCGAUCAAGCGCGCGAGGGCGAUGAACGCUACGGCCUCAGACAGGAGACUGGGAGAAAAGCGCCUCAAGGAGCUCGACGGCAUCCGCGACAAGAACAUGAUCCGGCGCACGAAGGACGAGGAGCUGGGGGACGUGCUCAAGGGGAAGUCUGACACCGUCGUGUUUUGCGACCUUAGCGAGGUCCAGCGCGAGCUGUACCAGCGGGUGCUGUCGCUUCCGGAGUUCCAGUUGCUCGCGAGGGCAAAGGAGCCGUGCAACUGCGGUCGAAGCGGGCGCCCGACGCGCGCCCGGUGCUGCCACAAGACGCCUGAUAGCCGCGGCGGGGGCGGCGACGGGGUGGACCCCCGCGCGGUGCUGUUCCGCAGGCUGCACCCCACGCUCAUGGAGUGCGACAAGUGCCCGUUUUGCUGCCAGCUGCCGGCCGUGUCCAAGCUGCAGAAGAUCGCGAACCACCCGUGCCUGCUUCAGGAGAACAUCCGGGACCCCGAGCAUAAGCGGCAGCAACAGCGACAGUUCGCCGAGGUGGCGUUCACGGACAGGGCGAGAGAGAUCAUGGGGGGGCUGGAGCGGUCGCAGAAGUUCCUGGACGUUUCGAAAGUGGGCGUUUGCGGCAAGAUGAAGAGCCUCGAGACUCUGCUGGCUAAGUUCCACGAGACGCGGGACAAAGUGCUCGUGUUCAGCUGGAGCACCGCUAUGCUCGACGUCCUCGAGAGUUUCGUAGGUGCGAAGGGCUAUGUGUACCGGCGGCUGGACGGGACUACCUCGAGCAAGGAGCGGCAGGCGAGGAUAAACGAGUUCAACUCGGACCGGGCGGGCGUGUUCGUGUUCCUCAUCAGCACGCGAGCCGGAGGGCAAGGCCUCAACCUCCACACGGCCUCCAGGGUUGUCCUGUACGACGUCAACUGGAACCCGGCGCUGGGUCUUCAGGCUCAGGAUCGCGCUUACCGCAUCGGCCAGAAGCGCAAGGUGGCGGUAUUCCGUUUGAUUUCGAAGGGCACCAUCGAAGAGAUGUGCUACAUGCGCCAGAUCUACAAGCUGCAGAUCACAAGCGCGGCGAUGGGAGAUCAAGCCCGAGGCGGGCGCCGGCAGUUCAAUGCUGUGCAGGGGUCCAAAGAGCAACAGGGGGAGCUAUUCGGCAUCCAAAACCUCCUCAAGUUCAGCGACGACUCCCUGCUCAAGACCCUGCGCAUGAAGCACGAGGCCGGGCUGGCUGCCGCCACCGCAACGGGGGGAGGGGCGGCGGCGGCGGCGGCGGCGGCGGCGGGUGGUGCCGGGAGCAAGGGCGUGGGCGGUAUCGCCGGGGUGGACGCGGCCGACGAGGAGGAUCUGGUGGUGGCCAUGAAGAACGCUCUCGGCCUUUCGAAGGAAGGAGGCGCAAAGGGCGAGGGCGAGGGACCGCCCGAGGACAACGAGCUGGCGGGCCUGCUGGGCGAUCUUGGGGUGGACGCUUACACACACGACCAGCUCGUGGCCAAGGACGAAGGAGAAGAGGAACUGGCAGAAGAGAGCUGUGGCGUCGCGGAGCUGACACUAUCGCCGCUUCCUUCUGGUGGCGCGAGGAACGCCAUGGAGGAGAAAAUCGCAAUGCCGCGCAGCGGUGGCGGUGGCGGUGGCGGUGGCGGCGGCGGCGGCGGCGGCGGCGGUGGCGGUGUGCUUGUCCCAAGCGCCGGUCGCGAGAGAAUGAGCGCUGCAAGCGCUACCGGGGGCGUUGUAGGUAGGGGCCAAGGUCUGGGUCCGAAAGGACCGAGCGUUAGCGGCGGUAGCGGUAAGGCACCGGCGACGGCGGCGGCGGUAGUUGAGAUCGAAGACGGGACGGGGGGGCCACCCGGCGGGGGGCAACCGCAGCAGCAGGAGCCCGCCAAGAAGAGGCGGAAUCUCGCGAGUCUCGGGUGGGGCAAGGGCCGGGCCGGGGGAGGGGGUGGUUCCGGUGCGCGGGUUGAGCUGUUCAUGCCGCAGUACGGAUCGGGCGGGGGGGGAAGGAAGUGA